CCUCUGUCCUUAGCCAGGGCGAUCAUACUUCUGAGGUGGUGCAGCUUCAGGUUAUCCAAAGCACGUCAUGCUGGAACGGGAUUUACUUCUUAACACGGGAAGGUUGACGCGUUGCGAGGAGUGCUGAAAGUGCGGCACAGGCUUUUCGUACGAACACGCCUUUACGAAGAGAAUCUUUCCCUCUGACAAAAAUUACGGUCCUGUACGAGUAUAUCGAGAACGGAGCUAAUAAUCAAUGCUUGGAACGUCAACAGAGCUGCGGGUUUUAUUCUAUUGGUUACACUAGUAUGGUAUAAAAUGAAGCAUCGAGAAGAGCCCUCUCUCUUGAAGCACAACAGCUAUGUUGUUCUCGUUUUUCCUUGUUUCGAUCCCCAUCGUUCUUGCUCAGCAGCAUAAUGCCGAACCGACUGUCGAUGGGUCGUGUGAUGACGGCUGGCAGUCGUUCCCAAAUGUCACUGAUGCUACUGCAUAUCCGAACUGGAUUAUAGAUGAAGAACUGGGAGCUUAUAUGCCUGUAUACCAAACUACCGGUCUCAACGCGUCCGAAGUUACAAGAGCAGUUAUCAUCUUACACGGAAAGGAGAGAACCUGUUGGACCGAUUGGAAUGCGGCAAACAAUGCACUAUACAAUGCCACCUACGACGAUUCUACCAUCGAGCGCGACGAGAUAUCUAUCUUGAGCCCAUGCUUUUUUGACGAGGAUGACUUGGAAGCGGGCGCAGCGCAAGACGGCCAGCUCCUGUGGGGAAAAAGGACAUGGAUGAGCGGACAUCGUAAUGUCGCACCGGACUCAAUAUCCGACUUCAGCAGCUUUGAUGUUCUCGAUGCCUUGGUGGACUAUUAUAUGAACACGACUCUCUACCCUAAUUUGAAGGUUGUCGUCGUUGCGGGUCAUUCAGCUGGUGGUCAAAUGAGUCAGCGCUAUGCUGCCUUGAGGAUAUCAACUGAGAAUGAUGAUCAGCUACAUUUCUGGAUAGCCAAUCCGGCAUCACUAUUGUGGUUAACGUCGGAUCGUCCGGUUCCCAACGACGACUGUAAAGGGUUUGACAGGUACAAGUAUGGGUUGGCUUCCAAAUACCCCGCAUAUGCAACUGCGAACGCAAGGGUUCUCGGAAGAGAAGGCAUCAUCGAGAGAUACAAUGGGCGCACACUUAAUUAUGCCUGGGGGCUGAAAGAUAAUGGCGAUGGGGAUACCCGUUGUCAAGCAAUGACUCAGGGAAGCACUCAUCUAAAAAGGGGCAAGAAUUUUGUUUCGAUGCUGGAGGAUAUGGGUGGUAUACCUAAUCUCACCACUAUUGAUUGGGUACCCAAGGUACGCCAUGACACCGAGAAAAUGAUGGCAAGCGAUGCAGGUGUCGAUAAAUUGUUCCGGUAUAUGGGAAAUAGCACGGACGCUUAGUCUUGGCAUUCAACUGGAGGGUCGAUUCGGAAACUAUUGCUAAAACCAUUGCCAAGACACGUUCAGGGUGGCGUUAUGGAUCACUUUAACAACGCUGUUACGCAGUUUACAUUGUACCCCAAAUAUCCCCUCUCUCGAUGUUUGGGAGAAAAAACACGUAAAC